AAAAGAGCUGUCAGAGCGGACUCCCGCGUGAAACGGGUGGGUGGAGAUUCGGUUGUCAUGUGAUGGCCUAAGAUGGCGGUCUCUGCUGAAGGUUCAGACUUGGAAGCCUCAUUGCUGAGCUUUGAAAAGUUGGACAGGGCAUCUCCAGAUCUGUGGCCAGAGCAAUUACCAGGUGUUGCUGAAUUUGCAGCUUCUUUUAAAAGUCCCAUCACCAGUUCUCCACCUAAAUGGAUGGCUGAAUUAGAAAAUGAUGAUAUUGACAUGUUGAGAGAGCUGGGAAGUCUCACUACAGCUAAUCUGAUGGAGAAGGUUAGAGGUUUACAGAAUUUGGCAUAUCAGUUGGGACUGGAUGAAUCAAGAGAGAUGACUAGAGGGAAAUUCCUGAACAUCCUGGAGAAACCCAAAAAGUAACUGAAUGUGGUCUACUCUUAAAGCAGCAGCACCUUGUUAUUUCAGAACUUCUAGAAUUGUCCACAUAAGCUGAAAUGAAAGGACCAAACUUACCGAAAUGUUCAUUGUUUCACCUUUCUUUUGAGGAUAACUGUUCUGGAUUACUUCAGCAUUGACCACUAACAGUUCUCUUAACCUCCUGGCUGCACCUGAUCCUGCCCUAUUUACCUUAAUGAUUUCCUCCAUUCCAGUCAAAAGAAAAGGGCUCAUUUACUUGUGGUUGCUUUACACAACUAUAAUAAUAUGCAUCUUGUGAUAAUAUCCUUGUCCCAGAGCAGUACACAGCACGGCACUUCUGUAUGUAUGUCCAUCUCAUAUCAUUGCAAGAUGAGCACUUUAUAAUACCCACUACUGGACAAAUGCGUAACUUGAAAUGAAAACUGACUAGUGUUCUUUAAUAUAGAUAAUCCUAACUUUAUAAUUAUAGAAUUCAGCAAUUUAUAUGGAUUUUUAUUAGGUACAAAGGUUGCAGAAAAAAUAAGGAUUGUAUCAUUUUUGCAUGUUCGUAUAAUUUUAGCUUUAGGAUGGGAUGGGAGGUUACAUUCCAUCAGAUUUUUGUUGGGUUGAUUUUAAGCUACCUAAAUGUGAUUGGGGUGGAAGUGGGAAGAAAAAGCACUCUCAUACAAAGAAAACAUGUAUCCUGUGCUCAGCUUACUCAUUUACUCUUUCGUUCAGCUUCAGAUCUCUUAUCUCUUAAAGAAUGUCUAAAGGCAAAAUAAAUUCUGUCGUAUCAGAAUUUUCCCAAAAGCAAAUAAUGUCUUUUUAGGCUACCCAUUUUAUAUUAUAUUCAUAGCUCUAGAAAAGAUAUCCCAAAAUUGGAUUUCUUUCAGGUAUACAUAAAAGAUGUUUUAUACAGUAUAUAGAAGUAACAAAUUAUAUAUUGAAAAGCCAUGGUUUCACUUGGAGUCUCCUUCUUUUCCAGAAAUACAUUUAAAAUAGCUGGUUGACCAGAUACCAGGUCAAGGUCUUUUCCUUGCAUUGGUUUAUCUACAAUAAAGCACUGAAUAGAGUUUCCCUGAACCAGGUACUUAGAUUUGUGAGGUAUGGUAACUUGGGAAUAUUGGAGUUGGAAGUGUGAAAUUAAGGAAAGUUGUGCUAGUUAUAUUUGGGGAAUAACCAAGCUAAAGUUAAGCACUUUUAUAUCCCAUUAAAGUGAUGUUACAGUAACUCUGCUAUUGUGGAAUAAGCAGAAUUAAGAAAGGCCUAAUUUUGGAUGUUGACUUGUAAAUGUUUUAGUAAAACCCCUCUGUGUGAAAAACAAGAAUUUAAUAUUGGAUUGUAUGUCAAAAGUUUGAUUUUAAAAAAAAGUUGACAUCCAAACAAAUCUUUGAAGUUUUCAACAUGCAACUGUAUACUAUUCAAUUUACUGAAGCUGUAAUACAAUGUAAGAAUGCAAAAUAAGCAAGAAAACAGUAUGCAUUUAAAUAUAUUCUGUAAAUGAUGAGCAUUUUCUGUAUUUUGGUAGUAUGUAAAUUACACGAGUAAGAUAUUUCGGGUGUACAGCAAAUCAGCCAUAUUUCCAUUUUAAAUUAUUAUAUGUACUGCAUUUUUUCUAGAACAGAGGUGAUAGAAGCUUCUCUCAUUCUAAUCACAUCAAAUGGCAAUUCACAAAGUUUGCCUUGUCAGGAUAUUAUAUUUGCAAGCCUAAGAUUCAGAGAUGCAAAAAUAUUACAUCUGUGUCAAUGAUGGCAAAACUAUAAAUGAUGGUGAACAGCUAGUAAACGAAUAUUAGGAGCAGGAAAAAUUGUGCUUACUGUUCAGAAAAAAAGUUUCUUUUUAAACAAUAACCUAAUAUUUCUAUUUCUGCCUAGGAAUACUGAAAUUGUUACCUUUUUUUGUUUGUGGGUUUUAAUUUAUAAUAAGCCAAAGUUGACUAUUUUGAAAUAUGCUAAUGAUUGGAGGAUGGGGGAGAGAUAGAUUUUAAAUCUCACUUUAUAAACAAAGUGGUUGACUUUUGCUGUAUUAUAGUCUGUCCAAAAUACAGUUGGACCCUUGGUUAUGGGCAACUUGUAGAGAAGAUCUCAACUGCCAGGAUCUGAUUAGUUAACCCCUUUUUACAUUUGAAAACAUUUCUUUUUAUUCUACAGAUUUGUAAUUCAGAACAUAUACCAAAUUAUUGGUAUGUGCUUUAGAGUAGAGAUAUUUAUAUUUUUAAUACAUAGACAUGAUAAAUAUUUAGUAAAAAUGUCUUACAUCAGUAAUUUGUAUGUUACAAUUUUGUGCUUUUGAUAGUAAAUAAAAGUUACAUUUUUAAAACA